AUGUCGUCGUCAUGCAGCGGAGCCAUUCGCCGCGUGGUACUAUUCCCUUUCCCAUACCAGGGCCACUUCAAUCCUGUGCUCCGCGUCGCCGGAGCUCUGCACGCCCGCGGUCUCGCGGUCACCGUGUUGCACACGGAUCUCCGCGCGCCGGACCCGGCCGAGGACUACCCCACGGACUACAGCUUCGUGGCUGUGCCCGUCAAGGUGCCUGCGGAGGUCGUCGCGUCCGAAGACAUCGCCAGGCUCGUGAUGGAGCUGAACGCCUGCUGCGCGGCGCCGUUCAAAGAGCGGCUGGCGGAGCUGAUUUCUGACGGCAGCAAGGACGACGGAGGCGUCUGCUGCGUGAUCAUGGACGUCAUAUGGUACUCGGCGCAGGCUGCGGCGAGGGAGCUCAACGUGCCGGCGCUGGGGUUCAUGACCAGCAGCGCGGCCAGCUUCGGGAACUUCAUCGCCUACCCGAAACUGAUUGAGAAGGGCUACUUGCCCGUCCAAGAGAAGCGCCGGGAUGAUCCUGUUGAUUUGCUGCCGCCGUUCCGCAUGAGAGACCUGCAACGCAUAGAAACGAGUAGCCUCAUCGACGGAGCCAGUCUGUCCUCCGGUCUCAUAAUCAACACGUUUGACGCCAUCGAGGCUACCGACCUCACCAAGAUCCGCGAGGACCUAUCCAUCCCUCUGUUCGCCGUCGGGCCUCUCAACAAGUUCACGCCGCCGGUGAAAGGCAGCUUGUACCAGUGGCAGCAGGACCGCCGGUGCCUGGACUGGCUGGACACGCGGGCGCCAGGCACGGUGAUCUACGUGAGCUUCGGCAGCCUCACCGCCAUGGACCGGCACGAGUUCGUGGAGCUGGCCUGGGGCCUGGCUGACAGCAAGCGCCCCUUCGUUUGGGUGGUCAGGCCGAGCCUCAUCCGCGGCUUCGAGUCCGGUGACCUGCCGGAUGGGUUUCAGGAGGAGGUCCGUGACCGAGGUUGGAUCGUCGAUUGGCCGCCACAGGAUGAGGUGGUUGCUCAUCCUGCUGUUGGGGCUUUCUUGACGCACAACGGUUGGAACUCGAUGAUGGAGGCUAUAUCAGAAGGCGUGCCCAUGGUAUCACGCCCGUUCUUGGGAGACCAAUAUGGAAAUGCUAGUGGGGGAGGGAACCUUCCCCAAGCUUGUCUUUUGCUCAUUGACCUGGUGGUGGAUGUGGUGGUGGGUAAAUUACUUGUGGCACCCACCAGGCCAUCCAAUGAUGGACUUCCUCUUCUUGAAUGUCUUGGAUGA